GUAAUGCAUAAUUAUCUCACUAGCGUUAUCAACUAUCAAUGAUUUUCUGAAAAUCAAAAUUGGAGUAUGACCUUUUUAAAAAAAAGAAAGUUCGUUAGCUUUAAGUAGUUGAUAUUUAUUUUAUUAAUUAUCUUGCAGAUAUUUAUGGAUAAAGGUUUACACAGAUAAUAAUCGACAAAUGGAAUCGACAAUAAAGGAUGACAGUAGUAAAGAGAGUCAUAACGCUGGUUCUACUGCUGAUGAACACGUUUAUGUACAUUUAUAUCCACGUCUGGAUGGAACAGGACCCCUCGGGCCACCAGACAUGACGGGCUUAAAUGGACGAAUGCCCAUGCAAAGCCAUGUUCCACCGCCUGGAGGUCCUAGAUUUAUGUACCCACCUGUACCUCAAAAUGUGUGGUACCCACAAAUGCAACCACACAACAUGUAUGCGAACUACCCAGAAAACACGCCGUAUUUAGGGCCACCUCGGCCACCAGGACCGGUUGGACAAUUUCCGAUGCAAUAUUUCAAUCCAAUGCCCUAUCCACUGAAUUAUCCUACAUCGAAUGCUCCGUUAGCAGUUCCUUCUGAAUUUAAACCACAUACAAAGCCGAAACCCGAUGAUAAGAAUGCCCAUGCGGAUAAGAAGCAAACCAGGCUGAAUAAAAAAGCUGUAAUCAAUGAACCGUUUGAGGAAGAAAAAGCUGAUGGAUCCGACCCCUCUGCACAGCUUUUACUACGUUGUGUACCUAAAGAGGUUAGCCGAGACGUAUUGGAAUUGUUUCUUGAAAACAAGAAUAGAUCAGGUGGAGGGAGCGUGAAAGAACUGACCUUAAAUAAGCGAUCGGGUGUUGCCUACGUUACGUUUGAGGAUUUCAGAGAUGCAGAGAACGUCUUGCGAAAGGCAAAACAGAGUGGAACACUUUACCUUCCAACUUCAAAAUGUGACUUGGAAGUCAUCAGAUUUGAGGAGACACAACAUGCACAUUACUUCCACGAAAUACCACACACCAGUGUCUUUGUCAAAAAUAUUGCAGUUGAUUCUUCCGACGAAACUCUCAAGAAUUAUUUCGAAGUCCGUUGCAAAGCUAAGCCUACUGAUGUUAUCCGAAGCCUUUCAAGAAAGACUGCUUUGUUCGAAUUUGAAGACACUAUAGACAUUUCUUCGAUGACAAGGGCAUUUGGGCACAACCAACUUGAAGGAAAUAUCUUGGAAAUGAUAGAGGUUCAGGAAACACGUCAGGUGAAAGUUACGGGCGUGAAGGCUGGAACGUCACCACAAGUACUGAAACUCUACUUUGAUAACCAUGCACGGAGUAAAGGCGGAGAAGUACAGACCGUUGAAAAAGUCGACAAAGACAAUUCGUUUAUUGUGACGUUCGUGCAUCCAGAAGAUGCAAGACAAGUUGCACAUGCCCCCCACAUUCUUGAUGGCCUAAAACUGUCUGCUAACUUGUACAAUGCCCUGCUUGAUACGGACCCGGACUCGGUCGUGACUAUUCCUGAGGUCGUUGAUGUCAGUGGAAUAGACCAAAACAUCGUUAGGUUUCUCCAGAAUUCAAAAGAGUACCGCAAUAAGGUAGAGAAUUGCGUAAAAGACGCAUUUGGACAAUUAAUCUGGACAAAUGAAGAUGGCGGCAUAAGGCUACAGGUCUCUUGUGACGUUAAACCAAAUGACUCAGAUGUAUUAGGAAAGAUUACGAUUUGGAAGGAGAAUCAUACGAAAUGGCUCGACUGGGUUAGAAAAGAGGUUAUAGCGAUAGAAAUUAAUGAUGCGUUUGAAGAGAUCCUUGCUGGUGUGAAAAUGGACAUGGAGGGCAUAGUUGUGAAGAAUCCUGAUCGUAUUGUAACAUUCGUCAAGAAGGGAGGUCUUAGUAUCUUAGUUAUCGGAGAAAGACAAGAAGGAGAAAAGCUGGCAAAAACCAUUAAGCAGAUCAUUUUAAAGCGUAAGCAGGACUAUGAAAAAGGCACAAAGCCUGUGUCGGAGAGCAUUCCAUUGAAAUGGUUUGAACGUAUUCUAUUUAGGGACAAACGAGUGUCAAAACUUCUUGGAACAACCGAUGUUGAAAUCACACAUGUAGAAUUGUCAAACGGAAUAACAUUUUCUGGCGUACACAAAGACGUUCAGAAAGCACUGGUGAAGUUGAGCGAGGCGAAGCAUCGCAUAAGAAAAAACAACAUUCAAGGAUUGAGUGAGCAAUGCUUAGAACUUCUCGGAUCAGUCGAAAUGCAAGAGAUAAUCAGACAACGUCUGUCACAGAAGGACAUUUUGGCGGUAUGCAGUAGAGACAGUCGGGAAAUAUUUACAUUCGAGCUAACCUCCGGUGACGCUGACCAUGCUGUUAAAGUUGUAAAAAGAUGCGUUACAGAAUUUUCUCUGGAUCUGACCGAUGAGCAAAUCCAAUGUUUGGAGACUGAUGAAGGUGCUCACUUCAUCAAACAGAUUAUGGGUGAACACCAAGGAUUAUUGACUGUUGUUAUUUUACGCACUGGAAGUGUUCAAGUGACUUGUCUGUACUCGUUAUGCAGAGAUAUUGAAAAUGAGGUUGAAACGUUUGUUGAAUCAAAUGCCCGGUACGAAUUGUUUAUUCGUGUACGCCCUGAAGUUUUUAGGUGUAUCAACAUGCAUGCACGAUAUGCUCUAACAUCAGCCGAAAAAGAGCACGACGUUACAAUAACAAAAAUCAAGGAAAGGGGAAACGAUGGCUAUAGGGUAGCUGGCAAAAAGACAUCAGCGCAGAAAGGGGUAAACAAAGUUGAAGAAAUAUGCAAACAUGUUAUCAAACAUGAAGUUUCCGUUGAAUGGCCUGGAUUUGAUAAAUACUUACAAAGCCAAAACGGGAAGUAUGAUUUAUCACAAGUUGAACACGACGAAAAGUGUUUGAUUGUUUUCCCUCAUCAGCAAGAAGAAAGGCAGCGAAAUAUUUAUGAUAGAACUGACAAGCCAAACAUCGGAAUAAAAAUUGUUGCAGAAGGUUCAAUAGUCUAUCAAAAGGUUGAUGUCAUUGUCAACGCCACAAACCAGAAACUUGAUAUGUCAGUUGGAGUCGUCUCUCAGCAGCUACUGAAAGUUGCUGGUGCAGAACUUCAAACCGAAUGCACACGUAAAUAUCCAAACGGAAUUAAAUUUGGAAAGGUUGCAAAAACUACUUCUGGAAAGAUGAAACACUGCAAAGCUAUCAUUCAUGGGACAUUGCCGCGCUGGACAACUGACAAUGCACAGAAGGUGCUGGAAAAUCUGAUGACGGAAUGUCUGAAGACUGCAGACCAAGAUGGGUACACAACAAUAGCCUUUCCGGCCCUAGGAACCGGCAGAUGUGAGUACCCCAGCGACGUCGUGGCGGACACCCUGAUAAAAAGUGUGAUGGAAUACGAAAAUGAUCAUCCUGAUACGAAUAUUAAAUGUGUCAGUUUCGUUAUUUGGUCAAAGGAUGUUGAGACAAUAAAGGCAUUUACCAAAACCAAGGAAGAAAUGUCAAAGCGUCAAAAACAAAAAGACAGACGAAGAACAGAACCUGACUCUCGCCGACAAACGCAAACAACAGCUUUGACAGUUUACACAAAUAAACCACAGAACAUAAGACGUAUUGAAUCGCGCAUAAAAGAAUUUAGAAAAGAAGACGAAAUAUUUCCGCCUGCGUCGCUGUUAGAACAACUUACUGAUGAUCGGAUGGAAGUUGUGAAGAAAAUUGCAAGAGAAAACAAAACCAAACUUGUUAAAACUGAUAAAAGUUUGAAAAUGAUUGGUUAUGGAAACUCAGUCAAACUAACAAAAACAAAGGUAGAAUCAUACAUGGACAACGUUGAAAAGGACCUGAAACUAACCUUGCAGAGCUUGCAAAGCUUGAAAGCAAAGGGAGCAGUGUCGUUUCCAGCGUCAUGGUCGAAGACAGAUAUAACCGACCCAUUAAAAAUAGUUAACCUUGCGCCUACUGAUCCUGAUUACGUGACAGUGUCAGCGAAGUUCCUGGCAGAAACACGUCUUUCGCCAGCAAAUAUUGUAAAGAUUGAGAGGAUACAAAAUCCAGCCCUUUACGGACAGUACUUCGCAAAGAAAAAGCAUAUGGAGAGUGCUGGAGGUGUUUCGAACGAGAAGAUGCUUUGGCAUGGGACUCGUACUCCCGAGGUGGCCGCAAUUAUACAAAAAAAGGGAUUUGACAGAAACUAUAACCACGGUGCAGCAAUAGGAGUAGGAGUUUAUUUUGCCGUCAACGCCAAUAUGUCAGCCAGUGGCUAUUGCAGUCCAGACAAGAUGGGUCAUAAGUAUAUAUUCCACGCCUGUGUUCUUACAGGCGAUUCCGGUGUGGGAAGCGGUGGAAUUCGUUUUCCUCCGCCUAAAGUUCCCGGAAACCCGCUCAUAACCUUUGACUCGACUUGCGACAACGUCGCCAAUCCUAGCAUGUUCGCUGUCUUUCAUGAUGCACAGGCGUAUCCAUCCUUCAUGAUUACGUUCAAAUAAUUACAACUUUUAUUUUCGAGGCGGUAAUACUUACAUUUAUUGGCAAAGUGACUUUUAUGCAGAGUGUUUUGGGUGGUGUAUGUUUUUCUGCUAUUUGAUUGUUUGGCUUUUGCCUCUGAUGUUCUAUGUAUUAAUAUUACAGUUGUUGGUCUUGUCAAUGUAGGUUUUAAUGUAUAAUUCACAACCUUCAAAUAUUUUGUCUAAAAUGUAAUCAUGAUUAUGCAUAACAGACCGUUCCAUUUGACCUUUUGACCUCGAAAUAUACUUACUAAAACUAUAAAGUCAGUUAUACUUCAUGGUGCAAAACUGUGGCGAUACAGAAAACCAAUGAUUGAUGGAUAUAUUGGAACCAGACAAAUUUAAAAAGAUUGCAAAAACAAACACUAAUUUUACAUCUGACUCCUUUGUGAAAUAACAAUAAUAAUAAUAAUAAUAAUAAUAAUAAUAAUAAUAAUAAUAAUAAUAAUAAUAAUAAUGAUAAUAAUAAGAAGAAUUAUAAUAAAAAAUCAUAAUAAGCCUGACUUUAAAUUAAACAUUUACAAAAGAUCAAAAGAUCAUGCAUCGCAUCAGAAAAGAUACCAUAGUCUACUAGCGUAAAUUCUACAAUUUCCGAAUUACGAGGCGCAAGCCGAGUACUUAAAUCAAGUCAGUAUAUACAUAUCUGAUUUGUUUUACUUAUAAGACACUUUAUAAAAUACUGAAUUGUUUUUUAAUGAUGCACAGUUUUGCUAUUCGACGUAAUUUUACAAUCGCGCAAUCGGCAGUGUAAAGUGCAGGCCGUAUUGCCCUAGAAUAUAGAUAUAUGUGGUAUACAGACAAGCGUACUUUGCGAUGUGUAUUGCUGGUAGAUGUACGAUGAGCAUAUGAUAAAUCAU